AUAUAAUUCCUUUAGCCCUUUGGACUUGGUACAACUACAGUGGAGAACUAGAAGGCUAGACACAACUUCCUCUCCCUCUCUUCUGACCAACUAAAGAAGCAUUCACGCAAGCAGCGGUUGGACACUUAAAUUAAACUCACCAAACACAGUGACCAUCGUCAUCACAAUCUCACCUUCUAUAUAUCUCGCUCUCAAAGAGUCCUCGUACUAAUUAUCAAACUCCCACAGCCAAAAUGGAGCUCGUAGAUUUCAACCCGAGACCCCGAGGCCUAAACCCUACCCUGGGCGAGCUCCUCCAGUGGGUCGGAGAUGCACAGAGUCCCGACAUCACUCCUCAUGAUCAUGUUCUUGAGUUAGGGUACGGUUGCACCUCCGGGUCCUCCUCCUACCCUUUUGUCCUCUCAUUCACUGAUCUCACAUACAGCGUAGAAGUCCAGCGUAAAAUGACCUUAGUACCCGCCUGUUUCAAAAGGAAACCAAAUACGGCAGAGGUUAAACUGGGCAUGAACAACAACAGCACAAACCCAAACACAAAAGUUUUGCUCAAUGGCAUAUCCGGUGAGGCCAGAGAAGGCGAGAUCAUGGCAGUUCUCGGAGCAAGCGGGUCGGGAAAAUCAACGCUCAUUGACGCUCUAGCGGAUAGAAUCGCCAAGGACAGCUUAAAAGGCUCGAUCACACUAAACGGGGAGGCCUUAGACUCAAGGCUCUUGAAGGUCAUAUCAGCUUAUGUCAUGCAAGACGAUCUUUUGUUCCCAAUGCUAACGGUUGAAGAAACUCUCAUGUUCUCAGCUGAAUUUCGGCUUCCUCGGAGAUUAUCAAAGUCGAAGAAGAAAGCUCGAGUCCAGGCUCUGAUCGACCAACUUGGUCUUCGAAAUGCCGCCAAGACUGUGAUCGGUGACGAGGGCCACCGAGGCGUCUCAGGAGGCGAAAGAAGGCGGGUUUCAAUUGGAAUCGACAUAAUUCACGACCCCAUUGUUCUGUUUCUUGAUGAGCCGACCUCGGGGCUGGAUUCGACGAGUGCUUAUAUGGUGGUGAAGGUUUUGCAGCGGAUUGCACAGAGUGGGAGCAUUGUGGUCAUGUCAAUUCACCAACCUAGUUACAGAAUAUUGAGCUUGAUGGACCGGUUGAUUUUCUUGUCACAUGGACAGACUGUGUAUAGCGGAUCGCCGGCGAAUCUUCCGGUGUUUUUCGGGGAGUUCGGGCAUCCGAUUCCUGAGACUGAGAAUCGGACUGAGUUUGCUCUUGACCUCAUUCGAGAACUCGAGGAAACCCCAGGCGGAACCAAGAACUUGGUGGAAUUCAACAAAUCAUGGCAGAUCACCAUGGACGAACAAAAACAACGAGAAAAUCAGAACAACUUGAUCAACUCCAACUGCAAGCCAAGGCUUUCUCUCAAAGAUGCAAUUAGUGCUAGCAUUUCAAGAGGCAAACUAGUCUCCGGAGCACCAAAUGAUUCAAACCUCUCCUCAUCAGUCCCCACAUUUGCCAACCCUUCUUGGAUUGAAAUUGCAGUCAUCUCCAAACGCUCCCUCACAAACUCCCGAAGACUGCCCGAACUCUUCGGCAUUCGCCUAGGUGCGAUCCUCGUCACCGGCAUCAUCCUAGCCACCAUGUUUUGGCACCUAGAUGAUUCCCCGAAGGGCAUCCAAGAGCGCUUAGGGUUCUUCGCAUUCGCCAUGUCCACCACAUUCUACACUUGCGCCGAGGCCAUCCCCGUCUUCCUCCAAGAACGCUACAUUUUCAUGCGCGAAACCGCCUACAAUGCCUACCGCCGUUCCUCAUACGUCCUAGCUCAUUCCAUAAUCUCCAUUCCCUCCCUAGCCUUCCUCUCCAUAGUCUUUGCCGCUACUACCUUCUGGGCCGUGGGGCUCGCUGGUGGACUCCACGGCUUCCUCUUCUUCUUUUUCACUACUUUUGCGGCCUUCUGGGCCGGGAGCUCAUUCGUCACGUUCCUGUCAGGCGUUGUGACACAUGUCAUGUUGGGAUACACCGUUGUGGUGGCAGUUCUAGCUUAUUUCGUACUCUUUAGUGGAUUUUUCAUCAGUAGGGAUAGAAUCCCACCCUAUUGGCUUUGGUUUCACUACAUUUCCCUAGUGAAGUACCCUUAUGAGGGCGUUUUGCAAAACGAACUCGAUGAUCCAAUCAAGUGCUUCGUGAGGGGGACCCAGAUGUUUGAUAACUCACCAAUAGAGGCCUUCCCCGUGGCAAUGAAGUUGAAGCUUCUCAAGAGCAUGAGCACAACUUUGGGCGUGAACAUCACGGCGUCCACCUGCGUGACCACCGGAAUGGAUAUACUGAAGCAGCAGGGGAUCACGGAACUCAGUAAAUGGAAUUGCCUGUGGAUCACCAUUGCUUGGGGGUUCUUCUUUAGGAUUCUCUUUUACUUUGCCUUGUUGUUGGGCAGUAAAAAUAAGAGGAGGUAAAAAAAAUGAAGGAAAUGUGAUAUAUUCAGAGUCACAGCCAUGUAAUAUUGUGGUGGUGUACAAACCUCUAUGAUUAUUAUUUGCUUAUUGAUUUUCAGUGUAUAAUUGUAAGUUUACCAUGUAGUUUUGUAGUUCAUGCAACUCUUUGCUUAUGAAAGAUUUAUUUGGAGGCUAA